UUGCAUAUUCAGCAAAUAAAACCAAGUUAACUCUCAUUCUUUCUCUGGCUCCCUAGUAAGACGUUGCUGUUCUCCUUUUGGAAAGUGAGCCAUGAGUAUCCAGAUGAUCAAUUCCAUGGACUUUGAAGAGUUUAUUGAUAUUUUGGGAAAUAUCAUAGAGAACUGUCCCCUGAUUGCUGCAACCAUCUGGUCCCAGCGCCCAUUCAAGGACCUGACUGAUUUAAAGAAGCAUGUGUUUGACUUCAUUGAAGCCCUUCCACAAUCAGGGAAAGAAGGAAUCCUGAGGUGCCACCCAGAUAUAGCAGGCCGGGAGUUCGAGCAGGGAACGCUGACCCCACAGUCUCAGCGGGAGCAGAGAGAGGCGGGCCUGAGCGACCUGAGCCUGGAGGAGAGACGCCGACUGGGCCAUCUCAACAGCGCGUACAAGACGCGCUUUGGCUUCCCCUUCGUGAUCGCGGCGCGGCUCAGCGACAAAGCCACAAUAUUGAAGGAGCUGGAGCGCCGGCUGAAAAACCAGCCAGCCCAGGAGCUGAGCACAGCACUAGAGGAGGUGCUCAAGAUAUGUCACCUCCGCCUGGAGGACAUCCGGCAGUCCCUGGAAGACCCCGCCAAACUGUAGAGUCCUGGGGAAACGAUGGGGGGAGGGGAGGGAACAGAAGGUGGAAAAGGGUGGGGUGCGGUGACAGUGAGAGGCAGGCAGUGGAAGAGUCUAACCUCACAUCAGAAAAUAAGGACCCUCAGCGCUUGAAGAAGAGCGUAGCGUGCCUUCCCUAGGUGGACUAGGAAUCCAAAAAGUGAGUGCGAACACGCAGGUGGUGAAAGUGUGCGCGAGCAUGAACCGAACUGGAUAAUCUAAGUAACUACCCAGACACGACCAGCUCUCCAAUUCAAUGGGUCACAAUAACUUGAAAUUUAAGUAGACUUUGCACGAAAUUAACCAAUUUAUUAAUAAUGCAGCAUGAGAUAGUAGAAAGCUGGCCUCAGAGUCAGGAAAAGCUCAGCUGUAGGCUCAAACAUCUUUAAUAUGCAUUCCUCACUGUGUGACUCUAGGCAAGUCACUUAGCCUCUCUGUAAGACUAUAAAUUACAGAGUAUUUGCUGUUCUGCAUUGGUAGACAGGUUUCUCUCACUAGACGUUCCCUUCAUUAAUAAAAUUAAAAACAUAGAAUUUUUUUUAAAAACCAAAGAUAGUUAUGUAAUUCCUUAAUAAAGAGAGAUUUCCUUAAGACAAUCAUGCAGAGUAGGUUUUAGCCAUUUACAGAUGAUCAAACUGAGGCUUACAGCCAGUUAAGUGUGGAGAAGGAGGAGGGGCUACAAGGGGGAUGAAACUGUCUCAGUUUUCCUUUGCUUUGAGCUUGUUGACACAAGACGGCAAAGGAUUCUUAAACUCUUACCUCACCAAGUAUUUCCAACCUGCUCCCAGUAACCCUGGAGCAAAAGUGAGGCUUGAAGGGGAAAGGGGGGGGUGUCAUUUUUUCACACCCUUGUUCCUUUGUUUUUUCUCCUCUUCCCAGACUUGUAUACAUUAGGCAUUUGCAUUUGAGAGGAAAUGUCCCUCUCCUCUUUGGUAUCCUCUCUUCUUAGGCAUCCAACACCUGCUUUAAUAGAAAAGGGUUUGUACUUGGAUGGGAAAGGAUGCUUUAGAUUAUUUUAGAGGAUGGAGAAUUAAUGGUAAGAGGAAUACCUCUCCUGAAAACUUGGGAGGGGGGCAUUCUUGGGAGAACUACAGAGAACCUUUGGGCCCAAUAGAUUUAGAGACUUCAAGACUAGCUAAUAGUUCAAGAAUUUGGUGAAUCUUGGAUGUCUGAGUGGUGUCAUUUCUAUAUGUUUGGAGAAGGAACCAGCUGCACCUCAGACACUGUUCAGCUAGAGAGUAUCACAGUGCUGUCUAUCAAAGCCCAGACUAUGGAAACUUUCCUCUGCUAUAUUCUAAAACAUCAAACACAAUCUACCAUCCUUUGGUUUUCAUUGAGUUUACUCUACAAGGUAAUGAGUUAGGCUUUGUUGGGAUAUAGUUUUAAUAUCUGCCCAAAGUCACACAGCUAAGAUCUCCAAGAAUCUUACAAUCUAGAAAAUAUAGUAAAACUGGUAUCCAGAAAAGUACUUGUUGGAAAAUCAAAUGACUCUCCAGGAGCCCCUAAAUUAAACCAUUUUUCAAACACUGGUUGUUAUCUGGGUAUAUACUGGAUUUAAAACUAGAGUAAGAAGGAACUAAUCAAACAAUAUGAACAAUUAACAUGUUAUCCACUAGGUAUUUUAUUCUUCCUCUUUUUAUUUUUCCUCUUUCUCAGUCAGUCACUGAUUAAGCAUUUAUUAAGUACCCACUAGGUAUCUAUGCUAUGUGCUUGGGAAAGACAGUUUUUUUGUUUGUUGGGGGGGGGGGUUGGUGUUGGAGAAGGACAAAUCUCAAUGUGGUCAAUAUGCCUGACAUUCAAGCCUGGACUGGGCUUUGUUAGAAUGGGACCAGAAACUUGAUGAAGAAAGGCAAGGCAUGGCAAAGCAGAAAAAGUUUAUCCCAAUCAUAGGUCUAGGAGGUGAAAGACAUUCAAUGUUCACAAAAUUAUCAGAAAUUUUAACCUAUUCUUCAACUCUUCCCCAAAUACAAUAUUCCAUAAUUCACAUUUAUUUCUGAUCUAAUUAGUUGAUUCCUGAUUCAAGAUCCAACCCCCCCCCCCUUGACUAUGAAUAUUUGUUACAGGGGUUUUAAUUUUCUUGUUCAAUUUUAGGGAGGAGUUGAGAAUUAGAGAAAAUUGAUUUUUGUUAUUUGGGAAAAAAUUAUAUCUCAUCUAAUCUUUAAAACUGUGAGAUAUUGAGGUUAUUUUUUCAGGUUGGGAGUCCUGUCUCAGAGAGGAUUUAGUGAGUUGCCCAAUCACACAGCUUGUAUAGAACAGAGCUAUGACUUAAAUUCAAGAAAAUCUAGUUCAGUGCAUUUUCUGUGAUAAAUGAGUUGGGAGGUUGUCCAACCUCUCUGCAUGUUGGCUCAGCUAUGAUUCCAAGAUGGGGUCAGUGUAUAUAAACUUACCCACACAGUAGACCCCAACUUAGAGCUAUGAGGACCAGGAAGGGACACUAGUUAGCUCCAUUCUUUGUCAUGCAUGGGCCUGAGCUUCAGAAGAGUGAAUGUUUCUAAGGCUCUGGCUUCAGGUCUUGCAAACAAGACAGCCUAGCAGGUGGAACAGCUGUCUCCAAAGCCUGAAGGGAAUUCAAUUGGUCAGUUUUAAUUUGGGGAUUUGGGAGUUUGAAAAUAAUUGAUCCAUGUCAUAUAAGAAAAUUGAUUUGUAUCUAAUAAUACGAUUGGAUAACCUAACCAGUGUAUGGGAAGUAACUUCUUUUUCUUUAUCGACUUUCAAAAAAGGAGAUGCAAAUAACAAGAUUCAAGCCGAAACUUCUGCACCGCCCCCUCCCUUCCCUUUCGAAAGUAUGGCUCUAACACUGAUCUAGACUUCACAGGACCCUAACCCUGGCUUUCCAAUGACAUUUCAUGAGUUCAAAGUCCACCCAGCGGAAAUUGUUUGUUUAUGUUGACCCUCAAGUGGAAAGGAUGCUGAAUCCUUUCCUCCCGGAGGAACUAAGAAACCGGGGAAACAACAAGACCUACCCUUGUCCCAGGGAAUGAGAUCUCCUCAUCCUGGAGGUUACCCAGCCGGGAAAUAACCCGGACAGAGCGAAGCCAGGUGAGGAAGGCCGCUAGAAUAUGCACUUAAACCCUCUCUGGGCGUCACCCUCCCAGUUGCAACACAAACCGCUUCGGCUCAAAGAAUCCCUGGGAAGUGGAUUAGUGCAAAGCUUAAAAACUAGACAGUUCACUCACUACCUUACCUCUCCUCUCUCUUAGAGGAAACUGAGAUUGUUUCUCUCUUGUUUUUGGCGGAAGCACCAAAGGCUGAAAAUAGUCUCCCAUGACUAACUCAUUCAUAUUAUACGCUUUCUUGCUCAGAUCCCGAAGACCCCCGGUACAGUUUCUCUGAUGCUUUACCUUAUCUCUGCUAUUCUAUAGGUAAUAUACAAGGACAGGUACGUGCUAAAUAAAUGCAAAUCAAUUAAGCAAAAAAUAAUUAGAAGAUUAGCAGCAACUUCAAUUAUCUUUCUCUGUCACCUCGCUAAGAGAUUCAUACCUGGGUACCUGGGGGAAUAAAUUUAUAAGAUUGUGUGGAGCUGCGGCAAUGGGUCCUGGGGGAGAAGAGCCAGUAUAUUUUUCCUUUCCAUUUUGCUACCUGGCACAGCCUUUUCCCUCUCUCUGAGCCUGGACUUCCCGGUGCUCUAACUUCAAGAGGGAAUGGAAACGAUCAACAAAAGAUAUGGAUUGAUGAUCACCGCUGCUCAGAAAUCAAACGAUGAAUAAAAGGGGUCAUGGCUACAUAAUCCUUAAGGCCCCUUUCCAGCUCUAGAUCAUAUGACUUUAUGGUCCUAGUCUAUAUGCUAAGGAGACCACAUAAAGAGAACUCAGAAUAUGAAAAAAAUGCCUAUGGAGGGAAUUGAAAGAAAAAUGUUGCACUUGCACACUGGAAAGUAACAGGCAAAGUAAUAAAUCUUUGUAGUUGUCCUCAACUCCCUUUCUUCCCAAAUAAUUUCAUUCAUUUACUUCAGACUUUUCCAGUUUCCAAAAGCACUAGAAUAUCAUGUUCAUAGGAUGCACAUAUUAGAAUCGUUUUCAAAGAUGGAUUAUUAUGCAGUUACAAAUUAGAAGCAUUCUCCCUCUGUGGCUAAGACAAGGACUGGAGGAAAACUCAAAUGUCCACUGGCUCUAGAUUUUGCUUUCUUUAAUAAAUCCUUCUUAAUUACAA